CUAGGUCUAGCUUUUUCCCGCCUAGGCUUAAAGGCUAGAGACUUUUAGAACGUCCUCGAGAAUAAGCCCUUAAUUCGUGAAGAGUCCAGCUUCUCAAAACAAUCAAAUUGAAGAAGGCAUGGCGAACAAAGUAUCCCAGCAACAAGAAUGGGGGCGGCGAGCAUGGGACUUUUUAUCAGCUGUCCGCCAUGGCUCACCCUUAGUUCAGUGCAUCACCAAUUUCGUGUCCAUGGACUUCAUGGCCAACACGCUGCUAUCUGCCGGCGCCUCACCGGCGAUGAUCCAUUCCGCGGACGAAAUCCCCGAGUUCACUCCCAAGGCGCAUGCUCUCUUAGUAAACAUGGGCACACUUACUGCCGACUGGCUUCCGGGCAUGAAAUUGGCGGCACAGGUUGCCAGCCAAUCAGGAAAGCCUUGGGUUCUCGACCCUGUCGCUGCCGGUGUAUCCAGUUUCCGGUUGAAUGCUUGUUUGGAGCUUCUGGGACUUAGACCCUCUGUUGUUCGAGGAAAUGCCUCUGAGAUUCUUGCGCUUUCUAAAGGUUGCGUCGAUCCUAUUUCUAAGGGUGUGGACAGCGUUCAUGGAUCAAUUGAUGCAUUAGAAGCAGCUAAAUCUCUGGCUCAGUCAAGUGGAAGUGUAGUGGCAGUUUCUGGAGCCAUCGAUUUUGUCACAGAUGGACAAAGGGUUGUUGGGGUGCGAAAUGGGGUGCCGCUGCUUCAAAAGAUCACUGCAACGGGUUGCUCUGUGACUGCUCUAAUUGCUGCUUUUGUUUCGGUUGAUCCUAUAUGGUCUUUUGAAGCCACAGUUUGUGCUUUUUCUAUAUUUGGGAUUGCCAGUGAGGUAGGGAUGGAGUCAUCCAAAGGUCCAGCUUCACUACGUACAAACUUGAUUGAUUCACUUCAUGUUCUAGAUGAAGAUGCCAUUCUUUCUCGGAUAAGCAUUAACAACUUUUGAAAUAUCAGAUGAAGACAGCAGUUGGAACAUUUUAUAAGAGCUCGUCUGGCGAGCACAAAUGUGUCUCCUGAUUCUGUAAUAGUCUGAUAGAGAUCAUGCUCAUGAAGGUGCGGCUGCUGUAGAUGUUCCCUGCAAGCCACUAGUAAUCCAUACAGUUGGGUUUUUGCCUUUGUCGUCCAUUUACAUUUGACAUCUCGAGAAAGGUUUCCUGUCCAAUUCGGGAUUUACUGCUGCCAGAAGAGAUGCCACAUUCAUGGGUGUGAUUACCGUUGCAAGGAAAAUGGAUGAUGCUGGUUUCAUGAUCAUCUUAGAAUUUAAUAUAGUACGUAGUAUAUUCAAAAGAUGUUCAUUUUACUGGUUUUGAAUAAGCUUUGUUAUAGGGCACUUUGUAGCCCUGCAAGGUAGUCUUUAUUUACCUAUAUGGCUAUAUAGAUACUAUUUGGCGACCCCUUAUUUCAACUUUUAAAUAAGUCAAUUUUUAUAUCAAACACUAAUUUGUGGUUUCGCGCAUACUAAGAGCUUGUUUGGUGACCCGG